UCUUCCUAAACUUAUGUGGUUGAGAUUACCACAGGUUCACUUCCUCAUCACAGUCCUAAAUAUCUUGUUGUUUCUGAGAAAUAUACAAAAAUCGGGGAAAUUCAGAUCUUAGAGAACUGUUUGAAAACCUAUUGAUGUUAAUAAUUCAACAGAAUUAAAACUAAGAAACUUGGUGAGUUCAUUGAAAACAUAACUGUUUCAUCUCGUUACUUAAAAAAAGUCCCCGAGUUUAAUCAUUGACGUAAUAUAUAACUACAAUGUUUCGAAACUUAUUCAUCGUGAAAUCUAUUGCUCCCGAGUUCUUGCCGUGUCAACUACUGAAUUUGUCAGUGAACAGGAAUGGCUUGUUUCACCUUAUUUAAUGGCUCUUGCCUUCUAGCUUUAACUAUUUUGGCUAUAAUUAUGAAUUUAAUACCUCUGUUCAUGGAUUAUCAUGAUGGGCACUUAUUUCGAAACUCCAUAUCAUGUUACGAAUGGUGGCUACCGGGUGUUCUUGGAGGUGGGAUCUUGGUUAUACCAGCUGCAUCCAUGUCUUUGGCAGCACGUAAGGGACAGAAAUGCAAUACCAGAACUGGGUUCCUACUGUCUGCACUUUUCAGCCUGAUCAGCAUUGUUGGAGCCUUCUACUGUGCUUCGGUUUCACUUUGUUCCCUCGUGAACGGGCCGUUGAUCUGUAAUACAGCAAGUCACAGUGUAGACAACUGCACAUUUUCAAUGGAAGAUAUAAGCUCUCUUUCAAAACUCAAGUUUGAAUUAAAGUGGUUUCUGGAAGAUGAGUGUGGAAUUAAUCAAACUGCCUUUGAAACGGAACCAACUCUUCUGCCAAAUAUAAAUGUUACCAGAGUCCCUAUCAAUGAAUCACUGGUUUUGGGAACUACAGCUGAACCAAAUGCUCAGAUCUCAGAGAUACCUGCAGAGCUGCAAAAGACAAUUCACGUUGUCACUUUCACUGGACUCCUUCUAGUGGCAAUACUGGAAGUGAUUGUCAGCGCAAUGCAAAUAAUCGUUGGAAUUUACGGCUGUUUCUGCAGAUCAUCCAGAAGAUACGACAGCGGGCCUGUGUAAUAUAUCAUUUCUAUCCACAACAACAUUUUGUCCAGAAAAACAUCAGUUACAUCACCCUUUUAAAAUGUGCCAACAACAAUGGUUUGUGAAAAUUGAAUUGUCCAGCAACUUUUGCCAAUCAAUCUCCUCCCCCUUCCCUUUUGCUACCACAUCCCCUUUUCUUCCCA